AUGGUGUAUGAUAAGAGUUCAAAAUUAGUCAAAAAGCAGCAAAGGGAACUGGUAAUGUCAGCAACACCCAGAGACUGCCUAACAUUGCAUAAUGUAGUGGUUCACGAAGUAUUUGGAAGACAACAGCUUCAAAAUGGGCCUAGUCGAUGA